AUGGAAAUGAUAAAGAGAGUUCCGAAGAUUGAUUCUGAAAACAUGGGUGGUGAGAUUCUAGACAAGGUUUUAGGGGAAGUGGAAUUUAAGCAUGUUAAAUUUGUGUACCCAUCAAGGCCAGAGAGUGUUAUUCUGAAUGAUUUCAGCCUAAGGAUUCCAGCAGGGGAAACAGUGGCAUUGGUUGGAGGGAGUGGCUCAGGAAAAUCCACUGUGGUGACACUUCUGCAAAGGUUUUAUGACCCAAUUGAGGGAGAGAUAUGUGUCGAUGGUGUGGCCAUUCAUAGGUUGCAACUCAAGUGGUUGAGGUCUUUGAUGGGUUUGGUUAGCCAAGAGCCUACUCUGUUUGCAACUAGCAUUAAGGAGAACAUACUUUUUGGGAGAGAGGAUGCCACUGAGGAAGAAAUUGUUGAGGCUGCCAAAGCAGCCAAUGCUCAUGAUUUCAUUUCCCAGUUGCCACAAGGAUAUGAUACCCAGGUUGGAGAGAAAGGAAUUCAAAUGUCAGGGGGACAAAAGCAGAGGAUCGCUAUUGCACGAGCAAUAAUAAAAAAACCUCAUAUCCUUCUUUUAGAUGAAGCAACAAGUGCAUUAGACUCUGAAUCCGAACGAAAAGUGCAACAAGCUCUUGAUAAAAUUGUUGUUGAUCGAACCACCAUUACUAUAGCACAUCGCUUAUCCACCAUAAGAGAUGCACAUGCCAUUGUUGUGAUGGUGAAUGGGAGCAUCAUGGAGAUGGGUUCUCACGAUGAGCUCAUGCAAAACGAAAAUGG